CACACCCUCCUUUAUAAACUUGCCCUUUCCACACGCCCCUUCCCCAAUAUUCUCUCUUCUUUUGAUAUUUUCAAACCGCCAUUGAUUCUCCUCCGAUCAUCCUUCAAUAAUUCCUCUCUAUGCUUCUGUAAUCCAAUCGGAAUCAUUCACCAUGCAUAUCACCGGUUCUCACUCUUCCUUUCUUCUCCGGCGAGCUUCUAGGUCUACAACCUCACGUCUCCACUCUUCAAUUUCCGCUAAAUCUCCUCCGCCGCCGUCAUCUCCGUCACCGUCACCGUCGCCAGUCGCGUCGCAGUUCCGCUCUCACACCGCCGCAUCGGCCGCUUUCCGUACCGUUCGCUCGCGGUGGAGCCACGGCGUUGAUUGGAGGUCUCCGGCUUCGUUGAGUUCUCAGAUCCGGACUGCUGCUUCUCCUGUUCUGGAUCGGUUUCAUCGCAAUCUCUCUACUAUCGCCUCGGAGCAUGCUUUCAGUGGGAUUUUGACUGGUCUCCCUAAGCCUGGAGGUGGGGAGUUUGGAAAGUUCUAUAGUUCGCCUGCUCUGAACGAUCCAAGAAUAGACAAACUACCAUAUUCAAUCCGGAUACUUCUGGAAUCAGCGAUCCGUAAUUGUGACAAUUUCCAAGUCACUAAAGAAGAUGUUGAGAAAAUCAUUGAUUGGGAGAAGACUGCUCCAAAGCAAGUUGAGAUUCCAUUCAAGCCGGCCCGUGUUCUGUUGCAAGAUUUUACUGGUGUGCCAGCUGUCGUAGACCUUGCAUGUAUGCGUGAUGCCAUUAAUAACCUUGGUGGGGACUCGGACAAAAUCAAUCCUUUGGUUCCUGUGGAUCUUGUGGUUGAUCAUUCGGUUCAAGUUGAUGUUACUAGGUCUGAAAAUGCUGUAAAAGCAAAUAUGGAACUUGAAUUUCAGAGAAACAAGGAGAGAUUUGCUUUCCUAAAGUGGGGCUCUAAAGCUUUCCAAAACAUGCUUGUGGUUCCACCUGGAUCUGGUAUUGUACAUCAGGUUAACCUUGAAUAUCUUGGACGUGUUGUUUUCAACAAUGACGGAAUGCUGUACCCUGAUAGUGUUGUUGGAACUGAUUCUCACACUACUAUGAUUGACGGGUUAGGCGUUGCUGGUUGGGGAGUUGGUGGAAUUGAAGCCGAGGCUGCAAUGCUUGGGCAGCCAAUGAGCAUGGUGUUGCCCGGUGUUGUUGGGUUCAAGUUAUCAGGAAAACUGCGUGAUGGUGUAACAGCUACUGAUUUGGUUUUGACUGUUACCCAAAUGUUAAGAAAACAUGGCGUUGUAGGCAAAUUUGUUGAAUUUCAUGGUGAUGGUGUGGGUAAAAUAUCACUUGCUGACAGGGCUACUAUUGCCAAUAUGUCGCCUGAGUAUGGUGCAACAAUGGGGUUCUUCCCAGUGGAUCAUGUUACUCUUCAGUAUCUCAAGUUAACCGGACGAAGUGAUGAUACAGUUGCUAUGAUAGAAGCAUACUUACGUGCAAACAAUAUGUUUGUCGACUAUAAUGAGCCACAACAAGAAAGAGUCUACUCAUCUUAUUUAGAGUUAAACCUUUCAGAAGUGGAGCCAUGCAUUUCAGGACCAAAGAGACCUCAUGACCGAGUCCCUUUGAAAGAAAUGAAAGCAGAUUGGCAUUCUUGCCUUGAUAAUAAAGUGGGAUUCAAGGGAUUUGCGGUACCAAAAGAGGCACAAGACAAAGUUGCAAAAUUUGAUUUUCAUGGACAGCCAGCAGAACUUAGGCAUGGCAGUGUUGUGAUUGCUGCUAUUACAAGCUGCACGAAUACGUCAAACCCUAGUGUUAUGCUUGGGGCUGGUCUUGUUGCCAAAAAGGCUUGUGAACUAGGCCUACAGGUCAAACCAUGGGUUAAAACAAGUCUUGCACCGGGCUCUGGAGUUGUUACAAAAUACUUGCUUCAAAGUGGGUUGCAGAAGUAUUUAAAUGAACAAGGGUUCGACAUUGUUGGAUAUGGAUGCACAACUUGUAUUGGAAAUUCAGGGGACUUAGAUGAAUCAGUUGCAUCUGCUAUUUCUGAUAAUGAUAUUAUUGCAUCAGCGGUUCUCUCUGGAAACCGAAACUUUGAGGGGCGUGUUCACGCUUUGACAAGAGCGAACUAUCUUGCAUCGCCUCCAUUGGUUGUUGCAUACGCCCUUGCUGGCACUGUUGAUAUUGAUUUUGAGAAGGAACCAAUUGGAGUUGGAAAAGAUGGAAAGAACGUUUAUUUAAGAGAUAUAUGGCCCAGUAGUGAGGAAAUUGCAGAAGCUGUUCAAUCAAGUGUUCUACCUGAUAUGUUUAAGAGUACCUAUAAAUCCAUCACCGAGGGAAAUCCAAUGUGGAAUGACCUAAAUGUCCCUGAAGCCAAACUAUACUCUUGGGAUGAAAAUUCCACCUACAUUCACCAACCGCCAUAUUUCACAAACAUGACGAUGGACCCUCCUGGGGCCCACGGUGUGAAGGAUGCAUACUGCUUACUCAACUUCGGUGACAGUAUCACAACGGAUCACAUUUCGCCUGCAGGAAGCAUUCACAAAGACAGCCCGGCUGCUAAGUUUCUUCUUGACCGUGGUGUUGACCGCAAAGACUUCAAUUCUUAUGGCAGUCGAAGAGGUAAUGAUGAAAUUAUGGCCAGGGGUACUUUUGCCAAUAUUCGCAUUGUUAACAAGCUUUUGAAAGGAGAAGUUGGCCCGCAGACUGUUCAUAUUCCAACUGGAGAGAAACUCUCAGUUUUUGACGCAGCAUCGAGGUACAAGGCUGCAGGUCAGGAUACAAUUGUUUUGGCCGGUGCAGAAUAUGGAAGUGGAAGCUCUCGAGAUUGGGCUGCCAAAGGUCCCAUGUUAUUGGGGGUUAAAGCGGUAAUUGCGAAAAGUUUUGAGAGGAUCCAUCGAAGUAACUUGGUAGGAAUGGGUAUUAUACCUCUUUGCUUCAAAGCUGGUGAAGAUGCCGACACAUUACAGUUGACCGGUCAUGAACGAUACACCAUUGACUUACCAAACAAUAUUAAUGAGAUCCGGCCCGGUCAAGAUGUCACUGUCAAAACCGAUAGUGGGAAAUCAUUCACGUGUACAGCCCGUUUUGAUACUGAGGUCGAAUUGGCGUAUUUCAAUCACGGCGGCAUCCUUCCGUAUGUUAUCCGACAACUAGCGGCACAAAAAUGAUCUGUUUAACAGAGCUUUAUUAAACUGUACAAUUUGAGAAAAUGAAAAAUAAAAUAUUUGUUUUUUUCUCUAGUUGCAUAUCAGAUUUUUCAAAAUCUGGAUUGAUCUGCAAUUGUUGCAGCAGGUUUUUGUAAUAAUACCCUAAUCCUGCUGUGGAGGUUAGGCUGGUUAAUUACCUUCAAUAAUUUUAGGGCAGACAGACAUAUAUUUGAACUUUUGACUGACACAAGGAAGUCAAAGAUGUUUAGACUUUUGUUAUUUCACCAAAGUCAUCUGGAUUGGGUCCGUUGAACCUCCGGCUCACGCUGGCUGCACUUUGGGUUUGUUUGUGUUUGCUUAGUAAAGUGUGAAGAACGAAUGGACACAAGAAUAGGUUUUGUUGAAUGUGAGAUUAUAUUUAUUUG